AUGCGUGCCUCGUCUAUCCUCCUUCUUUCCGCAUGCGGAAGCACCGCGUAUUCUUUCUCCUUCUCAUCAUCCCUUGACUCCCUUUCCUCGGCCGUCAACGAUAUAACUUCGCGGGCCCUCUCCAACCUCACCCCUCGCAAGAACCCUUCCUGCCCGGCGAUUUACUCAACAAUCUCUUCCGACCUGACCAAGGACUUCCUGGGCUCCGACGGCCAAUGCACUGACCUCGCUCGCGCCGCCAUCCGCUAUGCCUUCCACGACGCCGGCACCUUCUCGCUCAAGCUGCCCAGCUACGCUCCGGCCUCGGGCGGCGCCGACGGCUCCCUCCUCCUCGUCCCAUCCGAGAUGCUGAGGCCUGAGAACAACGGACUGCAGGCAUACCACGUCUACAUCACGGCCAAGUACGCCAAGUACAAGCCGCAAGGCGUCGGCGCCGCCGACCUGAUCCAGUUCGCCGGCAACCACGCCGUCGUCACCUGCCCGGGCGGACCCACCGUCAAGACUCUAGUCGGCCGCACCGACUCGACCCAGGCGUCGCCGACAAACGUGAUGCCUCCGGGCUUCGGCAAGGGCAGCGACCACGACAGCCUGUUCCAGCUAUUCCAAGACAAGGGCUUCAACGCCGUCGACCUGGCGGCGCUGAUGGGCGCGCACAGCACGAGCAAGAACAUCGCGCAGACCGAGAUCCCCAUCGGCGCGCCGCAGGACAGCACGCCCGGCAAGUGGGACGUCAAGUACUACGCCGAGACGUACAACCCGCCCGCCGGCGUCGCCCGCUUCCAGAGCGACAUCAACCUGUCCAACAAGUCGACCGCCGUCGGCAAGGAGUUCAACGGCUUCGUCAACAACCAGGGCAAGUGGACCGGCAAGUUCGCCGACGCCAUGUUCCGCCUCAGCCUGCUCGGCAUCUCGUCCGACACGUACAAGAACUGGGCCGACUGCACUUCGGUGCUGCCCGCGGCCACGAGCUCGAAGAGGGACAUCAGGCGCAUGCCCAUCAACGACCGCGCUCGGUAA